AUGUACACCCCUCUGCGGCGGCCGCUGCCAUGGCGUACACUCUGUUCCUGCCCAGUACCCACCACCUGCCGCCAAGCCUCAACCUCAGCACCAAUCGACAAGAAAAAGUAUUCCAAAACCCUCCUCCUCCCAUCGACCGCCUUCCGCCUUCGACCCAAAAGUCAGUACGAGCUAGACCUCAAGUACCGACAUAAAACAACAAUCGAUCUAUAUCAGCGACAGCGACGCGAAAAACUCGGCGACGAAUUCGUCCUUCACGAUGGUCCGCCCUAUGCGAACGGAAACCUGCACAUGGGUGAGCCCACCCCAAACUCGGCUAAUCCAGGCCAUGCCCUCAACCGAACGCUCAAAGACAUCAUCAACCGUUACCAGCUGACACGAGGAAGGCGUGUACAUUACGUCCCCGGCUGGGACUGCCAUGGCCUCCCUAUCGAGCAAAAAGCUCUUCAAGAAGCCAAUGUAAGCCACCUCCCAACCCAGCUGAUUCAGACCACCUUUCUCAAGAUCGACCCCCUACAAGUCCGGCAAAUCGCCAGACGAACCGCCCUGGAAGCAAUCGAAACGCAAAAGUCGGAAAUGAAAGAGCUCGGAAUCAUGGCGGAUUGGGAUAGCGAGACUGGAACCUAUCGCACACUAGCGCUCGACUUUGAGAUCCGUCAAAUGCGCUUAUUCGCCCAACUCGUCGAUAGAGGUCUCAUCACCCACCGCCUCCGUCCAGUCUACUACUCGCCAUCCUCCCGAACCGCCCUGGCAGAGGCGGAACUCAAGUACAAGGACGGCUACAAGUCUCGAUCCGUCUAUGUCGCCUUUCCAGUCACCACCAAGUCUGAAGCGCUCGGCGCGAUAGGCGAGGUGCAUCUGGCGAUAUGGACAACAACCCCAUGGACCCUUCCCGCGAAUAUGGCAAUCGCCAUCUCGGCCGACAUGACCUAUGCCGUGGUCACCGCGCAAGGCAAAACCCUGAUCAUCGCACUCGACCGCGUCGAGCCAUUGCAACAGAUCCUGGGCGAUAUCCAAGUCCUGCAAGUUCCGCAAUGCCCCGCUGACUUAGGCUCCGCCCUCCUCGGAACCCGCUACAAGCACCGCUUCGCCGACGACCUCCCCGUCAUUCCAUCCCCCCAUGUCAAAUCCGACUCGGGCACAGGCCUCGUCCACACCGCCCCCGCCCACGGCCACGAAGACUAUGAAGCCUAUAUGGCCAGCGGAUUCUCGGCCCCCCUACGCUGCCCCGUCGACGACGCAGGUCUCUUCACCGACAUCCAUCCAUCGCUCGUCGGAAAAUCCGUCCUCGGCGAAGGAGCCGGCGAGAUGAUACGUCUCCUUCAACAAGACGACACCCUACUCGCCGAACAAACCAUCGAGCAUCGCUACCCUCACGACUGGAAGACCAAGGAGCCCAUCAUCGUCCGAGCCACUCCCCAGUGGUUUGCAGACGUCACCGCCAUCAAGCCGAUCGUCCAAAAAUCCUUGGACAAGGUCGAAUUCUACCCCCCACAAUCUCGCAAUCGCUUGGAAUCCUUUGUCCACGGUAGAGCAGAAUGGUGCAUCUCGAGACAACGCAGCUGGGGUGUCCCCAUCCCCGCCCUUUUCCUCGACGGCAAGCCGGUCCUCGACGCGGACGUCAUCCAGCACAUCAUCACCACGCUCGAGGAGCACGGCACGGAUUACUGGUGGCAAGCCCCCGUCGAGGCAUUCCUCCCCAGCCAUCUCAAAGGCAACUACACCAAAGGCACCGACACGCUGGAUGUCUGGUACGACAGCGGAUCUUCCUGGACCCUGCUGCCUAACCACACCGCAGAUGUCUAUCUCGAAGGCUCGGAUCAACAUCGCGGAUGGUUCCAAUCCUCCCUUCUUACGCAUAUCGGCUCGACCCUGCAGCCCGUUGCGCCGUUCCGCAAAUUGGUGACGCACGGCUUCAUCUUGGACGAAGGGGGACAAAAGAUGAGCAAAUCUUUAGGGAACGGGAUCUCCCCCAUCGAUAUCAUCAAAGGCGACGAAAGCACAAGAGGCUACGGUGCGGACGUGCUUCGUCUCUGGGCCGCCUCGGUCGACUACACACGUGACGUCUCGAUGGGGCCUUCAGCCAUCGCCCACGCGGCCGAGUCCUUGCGCAAGAUACGCAGCGCCAUGCGCUUCAUCCUGGCAAGCGCUUCCCCGGAGCCCGGCCAAACAUCCCUAGACGACACUGAUCAGAUCGAUCGACAUAUCCUGGCAGAACUAUCCCGCGUCAAGCAGACCGCCAUGCAACACUAUGACGUCUUUGCAUUCAGCAAGGUCGUCACACUCGUCUCCACCUUUCUAUCGCAAACCAUGUCGGCGCUCUACUUUGACGCCAUCAAAGACACACUGUACAGCAACAAAGCGUCGUCCCCCGAGCGAGCCGGGGCGGCCCAUACCCUCUUCCAGGCCUUUCACACCCUAGUCCCAAUCAUCGCGCCUAUCGCGCCACACCUCGCCGAAGAGCUGUGGCAUCAUCACGGCAAGACCGACUCGGUCUUUUUGUCCGAGUGCAAGGCAGAGGACGUCAUUGCACCCGUCAAUAUCGAACCUCUGCUACAGCUGCGCUCACAGAUGCUCUCCUCCAUGGCCGCGCGCGGUAUCCGGUCCCCCGCAGAACUCGAUAUCGCCUCGGACCAACCAUUUGACAGUGAGUCCAUGAUGAGCCGAGCUGACCAGACCGCGACAUUGUUCAAAUACUAG